CGUUUUUUAACUGGGACGCAAAUUUACAGUGAUAAUCUGCCAACCGGCGCACUAAGUGAAUGCGGAAGUACAGUACGGCGAACCCUCUUGUCCCGCUACAGUGGCGAAUUUACGCUAGCUUGAAAAAUCAAAACAAACACCACUUGGAAAUAGUCUAAGUGAAUGUCCUGAUGCUUCUCAGUGUCAGUACACAACCAGAAAGAGAAACUGUUGCAGAGAGAAACCUUCAUCAUGCCGAAUAUGGAGAAACACCUGUUUAACCUCAAGUUUGCUGCCAAGGAGCUACAGCGCAGCUCCAAGAGAUGUGACAAGGAGGAAAGGGCAGAAAAAGGAAAAGUGAAGCAGGCUAUCCAGAAAGGUAACAUGGAGGCAGCCAAGAUCCAUGCAGAGAAUGCCAUCCGUCAGAAGCAUCAGUCUAUUAACUUCUUGAGGAUGAGUGCACGAGUGGACGCUGUUGCUUCUCGGGUCCAGACUGCUGUCACCAUGAACCAGGUAUCUAAAUCCAUGUCUGGUGUGGUGAAGUCUAUGGAUGCUACACUGAAAAGCAUGAACUUGGAGAAGAUCUCCUCAUUGAUGGACAAGUUUGAAAACCAGUUUGAAACUCUGGAUGUGCAGACAGCUCAGAUGGAGGACACCAUGAGUAGCACCACCACUCUCACAACACCUCAGACUGAAGUGGAUUCACUUAUGCAUGAGAUGGCUGAUGAAGCAGGGUUGGAUCUGAACCUGGAGCUCCCCUCAGGCCAGACUACGUCACUGGCUUCAUCUGUGGCAUCAACAGAGCAGGAUGAGCUCUCCCAGAGGCUGUCCAGACUGCGAGACCAGGUGUCAUAGUGAUGCAGGAAAUGACAGGAUCAUAAGGACGGAGAAGAAGAAGGGAAGAGAAGGAGAGACAGAAAGUUAAAAAUGGAGAAUAAACAAAAAAAGGUGCCAUCUGCCUGCAAGCUGUGUACCCUCCUGUGUGUUUCAGGUUUGUUGUUGAUGAGACUAAGGGAGCUGUCUAACAGCCGAAAAGAACUGAGAGGAAAAACUGGAUAUUAAAUGUCCUGAUACCUGCUGCAUCACAUGCAGACCCUGAUGUAAUUUGCACACUCAUAUUUAACACAUGGUUGGCGUAUUUAUUUAAAAUUCUUUAUCUCAAAGUAUUAAAACUUGAACAUGAUCCUGAAUUACUGUUUGUGAGCAAAGUGUUAAAAACAACAAUAGUGUUCCGUUAAUUUGCUUAUACCUCAGUUUGCAUCGUUUUUACCCUGUAUUAAAUGCAAAGAGCAAUAUAUUUAUCUAUGUAUUUAUUUAUUUAUUUAUUUAUUUAUUUAUUUAUUUAUUAUGGACUGACUGACUGAAUGAGUUUAGCUUGUACUGUAACUGUGUUAUGUUCUAUGUGCAUGACUGAGGAUGUGGAGACCUCUACUGUUGUUGCCCUGUCUGUUUCUGUUUUCCCCCAAUUUGUUGCUUUAGUGCUGAAACUUAUUCCACCUUUUAUAUCUACCCAAAAAUAUAGGGCUCUGUGUAAAUGUUUGCUUUGAGUGUGCUUUGGAGAAAGUAUUUGCAGAUAUGCAUGUAGCAGUUAACACUCCAGUAGCUCACCACUCACUUAUAUGCAAAGGCCGAGUCAAUAAAGGCUUUAAACAUGU